CUCAAUUUGAAGUUGAACUAGCGUACUUCAGACCGUCAUCCCCCCACCAAGGUCCAAGGCUGGCCUUCUUCUGCAGAUCACAAGAAAUUGCCGCCAAGCUUACGCCCCUUUUCAUAGGGUGUAUCAACAAUAUUGAGCCAGUUGAUCUGUGCGUUUAAUAUUUCAGGGUCGCACGUCACCGCCGUCUAUCUCCUACAACCACCAUGCAGCCAAAGGCGUUUUGGUUACAGUUGAAACGGGUGCCAACGCCUUUGGCACUCGUGGUUGGGCUGUUACUAGGCUUGCUAAUCGGCAAGACACUUCCAUCGAGCCUCUUGUCAACUGGGGGGAACAACCCCAUAUUCGUGUCUCGCUUGUCUGCUCGCAAACAAAUCACGCUCCCCAGCAUCGAUCAACGCCGUCGUGUUCUAGACCUGCUCUCCACGCUUUCUCCCCACCAUACGACAGAGUGCACACGAAAUUCCCAGCCGCUUUACGUUCAACAGGUUCGGGACCGUUAUGAUUCUCUCAUCGGACACAAAACUCCCUCUGAAUCCACUUGGUUCUCUUCGUGGGGAUUUUCCGACUCGCAACACGUACACAACGUUCCAGCGAAGGAGCACAAAUAUUUUUUCGCCAUCAAUUUGUACAACUCCUUCGAUGUCAUUCCUGACUUAUUUGCGACUCUCUUUCGAGUUUCUGCUAUUCUGGGGUACCACAAUGUCUAUGUUUCCAUAUACGAGAAUGGCUCGACGGACCAGACCAAGGCGCUGCUACGUAUCUUCGACGCCCUGACUCGCAGUGUGGGCCUACGUGUCACCAUUCGAACCUCUACACGUACACGAGGUGCCUUCAACCAUCGUAUAGAGUACCUGGCAGAAGUCCGUAACCAAGCCUUUAACCCACUCCACGAGCUCCGCGACUCGCAUAAUGAGUACUUCGACACCAUCAUAUUUAUGAACGAUAUCCUCCCAUGCGUGGACGACCUGCUUGAGCUUAUCUGGCAGAGUCGGCGGAAUAAUGCAGGUAUAACUUGCGCUUCUGAUUACAUGUAUCAUGAAGAGCUGUCAACGCCCGUGUUUUAUGAUAACUGGGUCGCUCGCGAUAUCAAUGGAACGGCGCUGGAAAAUGCUCCGUUCGAAAACGUCUUCCAUGACUCCUACUCCGCCGACCGUUUCCAAAUGCACCUCCCCAUCCAGGUCCAGUCAUGCUGGAAUGGCGUUGCAGUCCUGGACCCUGCUCCGUUUUAUACGCCUCCUUAUAUCAAAUUCCGCAUGGCUAGACUUACAGAAGAGGAGUGUUCUGCUUCAGAGUGCAGUUUAAUCUGCAAUGAUUACUGGGAGGCUGGGUAUGGACGUAUCUUGAUGGUUCCCCGGGUGAAGCUCGCGUAUGAUAAGAGAGUAUUUGAUAUCAUACAUCCUUCAAGACGAAACCUUACUGCCAUCCGAGGUUAUGUGCGUCUUGGGGGACUUCCGGACAAUCCACGGACGGACCCACAGGACCGGUCGUGGUUUGGUCCUCAUGACCGUUUGUUCACGCCGGAGGAAAGCGAAGAGAUAGAUUUUGUGCCCGGGCCAUCGCAUGUAUGGUGUUGGGGUUGGGACGGCGCAGGUGAUAUAGACGGUCCCGAUGUAGAUCCCAUCUGGGAGCGCAUGCCCGACCGUGCGCAGAACGCGGAUUCUGUGAGAGUGAAGCAUCACAGAGAGACGAGUGAGCUGUGAUGCGUUCGGAUAUUUGGACAUGGACAUUUGGGUAGCAUGCUUUUUUUAAGUGCGUUGCAACUUGCGAGUUUAUUUGGUUUGCAUGAUGUAUCCCUACGGAGGCAUGUGUGCUAAAGACAAUACGAUGCUAUGGAAUUUCAAAA